AUGGACCCGCCCGGCCCCCCGCACACCACCCGCCUGGCCGUACACUUCCGUACUCUUGUGGCUAUCCAGAGUCUACAACAUGCAGCCCAUGCGGACGGUACGGCUAACUUCUCAACCACCGCCGCCGCCGCCUCGGCGGCGGCAGCGGUGCAGACACAGAUGCCAGCUGGGGUCCACGGUAACAGCUUCACAUUGUCGGCAGCGGCAGCAGUAGCAGCAGCCUCUCCGAAACCGGGUCAGUUUGCGCCCGUACUGCUGAUUGAUCGAGUGGUUUUCGAGCAUGGCUCUGACUCCUUUGAGCGGCUGUGCUGGGGCGGCGGUCCGGAGGCGCUGUUGGCAGCGGCCACCAAGCAGCACGUGUAUAUCUUCUCACUGAGGCCCUUCUUCCAGGCGAGUGGGGGCCCCGCCGCGAUGCUACCCCGCCACAUCACCCCCUCGCUACCGCUGCCCAGCACCGCCUUCGCCGUCAGCGGCGUCUAUCGAACCGCCAUGCCCGCCACCGCUCUGAACUUCACACAGAACUCCCGGGGGCUGCUGCUGACAGACGUGGGCAAUAACGUCAUGAUGCUGAAGCUCGUACCAAAGCCGGGCCUAGGGUUGUACCAGUCGUCGUCGCAACAGCAGUGGCAGCAGCCGCAGCAACAACAGCUGCUGAAGAAGAAGAAGACGCAAUACGGCAUCAUGACGGCGGGGACGGCGGCAGCGACGGCGGCGGCGGCGGCGGCGCCGGUACGGUUCUCUGUACAUGAGGCCUGGCGCGUGCGCGCGGAUGCAGCGCAUACGCUGGCGUCAGCGAGUUUUGAUUGCUACAGCCCGUGUGCCACGACGACGGCUGUAGCCGCCGCCAGCGGCGGGCCGCACAAGGUGACGAUUUGGUGGCCGUCGCAGCCGAGCAGCAGCGGCAGUGGGCACCUCGGCGCAUCUGCCGUCGGUGCGGAAAUUAUACGGCAUCCUGUACGGGUUCUGUCAUUGGACUGGAGUCCUCCGUUGUUUUGCUUGACGUUGGUCAUCGAGCCUCCGGGUCUGAGCCUGACGCCCUUUUCUCGGCCCGGCAUGAGGGUGUGCUGGGCACGGCCAAUGGCGGACAUCGGCGUCGCAGCCGCGGUGGCAGCGGUGCCGUCGCCGCCACCGACCGGCGGCGGCGGCGGCGGCGGUGCGGGCGAUGACCGCGAGCAGGAGGGCAAUGACAGUAGCGGCGGCGCCGCGGCCGCUGUCGAGUCCGGCAGCCGACUGCAGUGGAUUGUGGCGAGUGUGGGCAUUUUGGGUAGCGACGAGGGAGAACACCAUGACUCCGGAAGCGGUCAUGGCGGCGGCGGCGGCGGUUCUCUGUUGGAGGAGGCUGUGUGCGUGUGGGCUGUGGACGGCCUCUCCGCGGUGGUGCUGUCGGGCCUUAUGCCGCGAGGCGCGGUAUCGUCAUCGUCCGCCUCCUCCUCAUCCGCCAAGACAGCGGCGUCACCAAAGGCCGUGUUGUGGGGUUUGGAGCACCGUACGGUGUCCUGGCUGCAGCCCGGCAAGCUGCUACCCUCCCCGGACUCCGCGUUGAGUCUCGACCAUUACCGCAUAUCCGCAUACGUCACGUACCCGGGGGGCAUGCCGCUGCUGAGGGCGGCGGAUUCGUGUAUUGGCAUGCAGGGCGCAUACGCUGAAGUCCGGACCUACCAGAUUGCCCCCACCGCCACCUCGACGCCGGGGGGAGGCGGCCACACAGCCACCUUCCUACGCGUCGGCGCUGUGGCGCGCCAGGCCAUGACUGGCAGCCCCGAAACCAUCUCCAACAUGCUCGUACAUCCAGCCUUUGACGUGGCACUCAUCCGGGACCGUACCGGCGGCGUCGCGCUGUGGUCGCUGACGCCGCUGUGCGAGUUGCCGUUGUGCGUGGCGCCGGCGGCGGCGUCGGCGCGCCGGGUGCUACUGGCGGCGGCGGGGCAGCUGGCGGCGGUUGCCUGGCUGUCGUGCUGCAGCCGCGCGCCGCUCACACCGCAGUACGGCAGCGGCGGCAGUGGCGGCGGCAACGAUUGCGUGUUUGCUUACGCCGCGUGCAUUCACGGAACCAAGCUGUUGAUCUACGCUGUGUCGCUGCCGUGUACGGCAGCAGCGGCGGCGACGACGGCGGGGAGUGCCGUACGAUCAAGUACGGCGGCGACUGACUGGGGCGCGACAUUCGUUUCGGAGGUGCUUCGCGUGGAUCUACCGCCAGACGUCGGAGCUGUGCGCGCGCUGUACGAGAUCUCGUACGACACUGAUGGGGACGCGCCGUACGCGACAGCGACGUUGAUAGCGCUGGCUAGCCGCAGCCCCGCGGCGCCGGAUUCGGCAACAGCUGCUGGCACCCGUAGCGUCGGCAGCGGCGGCGGCGCCGCUGCGGCUAGGCCAGGCUCCUUUGGGGGUGCCGUCGAUGGCUCGUCCUUCUCAUUUAGCCAUGUACUGCACCAGCACCAGCAAGACCUGCCGCCGCCAGCGCCGCAAGACGUGUGGGUGACGUGGCGGCUGCUUGUGCAGCCGCCGUGUGCAAGCACCGGGUUGCGGACUAUUGAGCUGGUUUCGCAGCAUGUGGACGGGAUGGCCGCUGCGCUCGCGACCCACGGGUCGUCAUCGACCCAUGGUUCGCCGGGUGAGGUCGUGGCGGAAGACGCCGCCGCCGCCGCGGCCGGUCCCCAGGCAGAGGGGCGCAUCGUGAGCACUGGGAGGAGGGACCCUCCUCGGGCUACUGCCAUUGUUUCCUGCUGCUGCACCUCCCUGCCCUCGCCAAUCGAUGGCGGCAUCCUUGCAGACGCGAGCGGCCGCAGCGGCGGCGGCGGCAGCUGCAGCGACGCCGGCACUAGCACCGUAGAGGCUGUCGGAAGUAGUAGCAGCAACAGCAGUAGUAGCAGUAGCAGGACUCGCCGCGUACCGUGCCUUAUGUCAGGCACGUCUGACGGGCAUGUGCAGUUUUGGCGGCCGGCGGCGGCGGCUGGCGGCUCUACUGCCAGCAGCAGCGGCGGUGGCGGCGGCGGGGGCCUGGAGCUGGUGCAGAGCCUGCCCUGCGGGUUUCGCCGCCGGUCGAGCGCGAGCGGUGAAGGCGACGGCACCGCUGCUGCUGCCGCCGCCGCCGGCCUGGUCGUCGCCGUCGCGCUAGACGAGAUGUCGGGAUAUGCCGCCGCCGCAACAACCUGCGGCGACGGCGAGCAGGAGGAGGCCGUACACAUCUGGCGGCUUCGGGAGGACCCCGACGGAGACGGCAGCGGCGGCGGCUCCGCCGCCACGACCUUCGGCCAGUACGAACUGGAGGCUGUCGUACCGGUGCACGACACUGUCAGCGCGCUGUCAUGGCUUGCUGCGGCGGGCUUGAGCGCCUGCCUGGCGGUUGGGUUCGCGUCGGGCAUCGUUAGCUUGAUGGUCCGAGACCGGGUCGGCGGCUGGCGGGAGGUGUCGUCGUACUCGGGCACGGUGGCGGUGGCGGCGUUCGGAUCGCCGCGCGGCGCAGCUGUGGUAAUGGCGGCAGGCAACCACCUGCUGUGCUUUUCCAAUGAAAUGGACUCCGGGAGCCCUGACGGGCGGGGGCCCGAGCCCACCCUCGCGGCGGUCGCCGCCGACGCUGCCGGCCCGCUUCCGCCGUACCAUCCGGGUGUCGUACGUGCGCUUGUCGCAAAGGGCAAGCUCGUGACGGCGUGCCACGUUAUGCGCCGAUUGCUGGACUGGCUACGUGACGCCGCCGACGCCGCAGUCACCAGCCGCGAAGCGUCGGAUGGCGGUGUCGUUGCUGGCGGCGGCGCCGCCGUCGCGUCCUCAGCGGCCGCGGCGGAUGGCGCUAAGCUGGGCGUAACGGAUGGCACGACCGUUGCCCGGGGCUCGAAACGACCCAUGGGUCGGCCUCCCCUAGUUAUUGGACUCCCUGAGCUUUUAGGCGACAGCCUGACGGCGUCGCGCGGCCUGGCGGCAUUCCAGCAAGCGCUGACAGCGCCGGUGUUGGUGGCGGCGGCGGCAUCGCCAGCGACGCCGUCGCCUCCAGCGCUGCUGCCCGUCCACGCUGCUGCUGCUGGCCCCAGCGGCGACGCAACGUCCCGCACCGACGCGGUGUACGGCAACCUAGCGCGUGGCGCCUCCGGCGGUAGAGCCGACGACCCGUCGGCGCCGCUGCGGCCGUUUCUUCCGGCCGCCGUCGCUGGCGGCGGCGGCGGUAACGGCAGUACGGUACUGGCGGCGGCACGGAAGCAGCCUUUGGCGGCAGCCUAUGGCGGCUCAGCUCUGGAUAGUGGUGUCCUGGACAUGUCUGCUUUUGGUGAGUUUGGCGAAGGUGGCGGCAGCGGCUUUGCGACUGCUGCAUCGCCGCCGCCGCCGCCGCCACAGCCACCGAAGUCCGUACCUGCCCAUCCUCAGGAGACCGGACUCCUAGACAUGUCGGCAUUCGGCGGCUUUGGCAGCCUGAGCACGCCAGGGGUGGCGACGGAGCCGCCAAGGCAGGAGUCGCCGCCGCGGCGCUCAGCGUUGGAGACGGGCACGCUGGACAUGUCCGCCUUCGGCGGCUUUAACGCCGCCGCCGUGGACACCACUCCGCCGCCGCCGCUGUUGAGUACGGCACCUCCAUCACACGCAGAAGCUACGUUUGAGACCGAUCCUAACAUGUCGGCGUUCGUGGAUUCUGUUUCCAUGCCAUCGAAAAGUACGACAGCGUCGCCGGUGCCGCCGCCACAGCCGCCGCCAGCAGAACCCACGCUAUCGCAGCCACAACCUUUGCUGUCACUGCCGCCAGCACCGCUCCAAACGGGUCUUCUCGAUGCCUCUGUGUUUGGUGACUUCCUUGGCGGCGGCGGCGGCGGUGGCCUUGGAGCCGUCCUUCCCUUCCAGCCGCCGCAGACGUCCUCCCAGUCAUCGCCUCCGUCUCAGAGGCCUGCAGUACAGCAGUUCCCAUCCCGGUCCGCAUCCGCCUCGCCCAAGUCCUCUACCCACACCGCCCCACUUGGCCUGGCCGCAGCCGUCGGCGGCGUUGGCGGCGGGCACGUGUCCGAGGCCGUACUGCCCCUUCCGCCGCCGCUGUCGUCAGAACAGCUGUCGUCUCCGCUGCUUCCCAAUACCACCUCCGCCACCCAAUCUGCGCCGCAGGCAGGGCCGCCUUCCGUCCAGUCCUCUGCCCUGCAGACCGGCACACUGGACAUGUUUGCUUUUGGUGACUUUAUUGGCGGCGGCAUGCCGCCGCCGCCGCCAGCAGCACCGCCGCCGCCGCCACCGCCGCCGCCACCGGCACCCGCGCCGUCGCCGCUUCCGCAACAGAGAUCUGAUCCCAUGCUGUCAGGCAUGCUGGACAUGUCGGCGUUUGGGGAUUUCCAAUUCGCCGGCCCGGCUCAGUCGUCAGUGGAGGAGACCGACCCGUGGGUCAGUGGCACCGCCGCCGGGGCGACGGAAACGUCCAGCGCUGCUGCAUCAGCGGCUACUGAUGCUGCGGCAAGCAUGCAGGGCACCUCCGCAGCUGUAGCUCCGGCCGCCGAGCUGGCAGCCACCGUCGCGUUCUCUGCCGUACACAGCCCUGCCGUUGCCGCCGCCGGUGGACGGUCCGUCGCGACUGCAUUUGCCUACCCGCCGGCGCCCGUACGGUCUGCCUUGGAGACGGGCGCUGCUGGAGGGCAUCCCGCGGCUGCUUGGGACACGCCGUCGCUGCCGCCGUCGGUAACGGCGGCGGCCGCGACUCAGCUGCCCGCGGCCGGGCCUUCCGGCUUGUCAUCUGACCGUACCGGCAGCUCCUCAUUGCUCUUCACACCAGCGGCUACGCUCACGCAGCAGGAUUUCGGUCCUCAAGAGCACGCUUCACCGGCCCCGUACGGCACCGCCGCCAGCGGUGCCGUCGCCGCCGCCGCUAGCGAUGCAGCCGACGAGGCUGAAAAUGCCAUGGUUGUGUUUCCGCGAGUUCCUGAGCCCGCCACCCCAGCUGAUCCUAACCUACCGGAUCUGCUCCUGACGCCGUCGGAGGUGGCGGAGCUGCACCGGCUAUUGGGACAGAAUCCGCCAUCAAAGUCGCCGUACACAGGAGGUACGGCACCGGCCGCAAGCGGUGGUGGCGCGCCCAGUUCGCCGCCUGGGGCGGAGGCGGCAGCGGCAGCGGCGACAGUGCCGCCAGGGCUUAGCGUCGACGGCAGCGCCGCUGACAGUGCCGUCGUCGACGCCGUCACGGCGUUGACGGCGCUGGGCCUUACGCCCGAUGACGGCGCGGAUCUGUGCCGCCUGGCGGCGGCGCUGAGCCGUAGGUCAGUAGAACAGCUUGGUCGCGACGGCGGCGCAUCUUCGUCGACAACCUCCUCCGUCGCUGCUGAUGUCGGUACGACAGACGUCACCGUUGGAUUGGAUCACCCGGCACGGGUGUUUCUGAUCCAGGCUCGUGUGGCAGCGGAGGGAGCCGCUGCCGCGCUGGCGGCGGAGGCUGGCAAAGAUGACGGCGCGUUGGCGGCGGCGGUUAAUCGUCUUUUCCGUCCAGUUUCCGUCACAAGAAACACCCCACCACCAGCGGCAGCGGCGGCGGCGGCGGUGGCUUCGGGAUCCGACGGCGCCGCCGCCGGCAGCGGCGUCGACCUGACGGGCUUCGGCUUGAGGGGCAAGUCCUCCGGUCGCGACGGCUUGGCGUCAUCGAUACCGACACCGUCAGCGACCGCCGGCGGCGCCGCCGGCAACCCCCCCGGCUCCUUCACCUUUCCGAGCAUGGAGGGCUCCAGUCGGGAACGGUCCAGUACGACCAAGCCUACUUCAUCGUACAGCUAUUUACCGUACGCUCGCGGUACGGCACCCGGCGGCGGCGGCAGCGGUCUGCACACCCACGCCAGCAGCGAUACCGUCAGUCGCAGUCGCAGCGUUAUGAGCGUUAUGAGCGUUCUGUCGUUCAGCUCGGUUCCGGAGCAUGCAUACGGCGCACGUACGAGCGCAACAGGGCAGGGGGAUGACCAAGGGACCGGUAACACCAGCAGCAGCAGCAGUAGCAGCAACUGGUGGCGGCUGUGCGGCCUGAUGCCGGGACUGGAGAUGCGCAGCUGUUUGGCGGCGCUCGCGAGCGGCAGCCAGUCGCAGUUGGUGGAAGCGGUGCUGCCGGCGGUUCCGUGGGUAGCGGCGGUGGAUGAGGAGGCGUCGGUGGCGCCGGGGGGACGGAAUGGGGGCGGCAUGUUGGGGGUCGGCGGAGCUGUCGGUGGCGGUGAGGCUGGGGAGGUUGCCACGCAGUCCAGCAACCUCAAGAUCGCCGACUUCCUGCUGCGGGACUUCAACCAGGCGGAGCCCAGGAAGUCCGCCGCCAAGAACGCAUUCGCACUGCUCGGUCAGCACCGGUACGAACUCGCCGCGGCAUUCUUUAUCCUCGCCGGACAACUGUACGACGCCGUAAGUGUACUUGUACGGGAGCAGCGCGAUCCGCAACUCGCCCUCUUGGUGGCGCGGCUGUUGGACCCUCCCGGGAGCGGUCCGGGGGGUCCCGUUGCUCGGAGGCUCAUCGAACAGGAGCUGAUGCCCCUGGCGCGUGUGUGUGGGGACCCUUGUGCCGUGGCAACACUGGAGGUGCUGGCGGGCGAACCUGUACGGGCCGUACUUCAUCUCGUCGACUCCCGCAGCGCCGCCGCUGGCGGCACCGCAUCACCGCCUCCCGCGUCACCACCGGCGGCGGCGGCGGCGCUCGACGUGGCGGCGCUUGACUAUUGCAUUCGGAUUGGCGUGCAGUACAUGUCCGGUAAAACGGUACCGCUGGCGGCGUGCCGGGCGCUGCGGCAGCUCGCACUCCGUACAAGUCGUGCACUGGAAGCAGCCGGCCUGGCGGCGGCGGCGCUGGAGGCAUUGCUGCUGGCGGCAGCGCUGCGACCCGCCGCCACCGCCGGGGCUCCGCAACAGCCUCUGCCGCCAGGGGCAAGACGCCGGUACAACCGCCUGGUCGCGUCUUGCCUUAGCUUCGGACUUUCGGAAGUACAAAAGCGGGUGCAGGAGCAGCAGCAGCAGCCUCAGGUGGCGGAGGAGAAAGUGUCAGCGGCGGCGGCGGCGACGCCGUCGCGGCCUUGCGCUGCUGGAGCCGUCCCCGCCGCGUCGGGAUUGACAUGGCAGCGAGAGGCGCUGACGGCGUUGACGGCAGCAAGCGCCGUACUGGGCCCCGCCGUCGACGAACCUGCCGUACUUUGCUUACUCGGUCGGCACAUCACCGCGCUUGAACGAAUACGGCAACAGCCGCUGGUGCCGCCAGAUUUGAUUAUGUCGCGGCCACGGCCACCGAUGACCCAUGGGUCACAUCCGGCCCCGCCGGCGCCGCCGCGCCAGGCAGCGGCUGCAGCAGCAGGAGUGGCACCGGACGGCAGUGGGAGUAGCAGGCGGGAAGCUAUGUCUUCGGCGUCUGCGACGGCAGCUGCUGGGCUACAGCAUCCACUCGGCAGCGCUGCUGGCGGCGGAGGCGGCGGCGCGUUACGAACGAUGCAUCCGCAACCACGACUUUCAACACAACAGCAGCAACUGCGACCUUCAACGUCAUCGCAGCAACAACCGUACCCAUACAUGCACCAGCAGCCACCUAGGCCUUCGCCGCACAUCAGUACGGCGCCGACCGCGGCGGCAGGCGGCCCGCCGUUACUGCUUCAGCCGCCGCCGCGCGCUGGCAGCAGCGGCGGCGCCGCCACCAUGCCCCCUGAUACGGGCCUUACCAUGGCACGCGGCGGCAGCACCCAUGGCGGCGGCAGCGGCGUCAGCAGCGUUGAAAGGCUUUCGAUAGACUCUUCAGCAAGUAGCCUACCGGGGAGUACGGCAUCGCCGCCGCUGCACGCGGGGCCUCCCGUCGACGGCUCGUCGUACGGCGGAGCCAUGAGCCAUCGGGACCGGACGGCUGCGGCCAGCAGUACUUCAGGGACCUCCGAUGUCUUACGACGAGGGGAAGGUGGUGGUGGUGGUGGGGGGAUGUUGCCCCCGCAGUUCCCCGCCGGCUCCAGCUGGGGCGCAUUCGAGGCGGCCUGGGACGUGAUGGCGGUGGAGGGGGACCGCUGCAGGUCCGUCACUGUGCAGCGGGGGAGAGGUCCGGAUGAGGAGGGGCAGCUGCCUUUCGCCGUCGCUACGGCCAAGAGCGGUUUGUUGGGCGGCAUGUUGGGGCCCCCCGCGCUACUGCGUCCCAGCAGACCCGCGGGACCCUCCUCCGUGUUCUUGGGCCUCAUGCAGUGUGUUGGUCGCCAUGGACGCGCCAUUACCUUUGUGGGCGACAGCAGCAGCCAGCUGUUGGUUGCGGGUCAGGGAGACCGCGGGGGGCUGGUGGGCUGGUGGGAUACCCUGGUGGCACCCGCCGCGGCGUGUGUGGCUGAGAUCCGCGGGAGGAAGGCGGUGCCCGGAGUGCUGGCGCUGCUCAGGCCGGACGCUGGCGGUGUGCUCGUGUUUGGAGACGAGUCAGGGGAGCUGGUGGCCACAGACCUCCGAAUGAUGUCGGCCCGGGAGUUCAUUUGGACCCUCCCUCGAGUCCACUCUGGACCCAUCACCGCACUGGCUCAGUGGGGCCCGGCCGCGCCGGGAAUACUAAACCUGCCGCAGCAGGGGUCCCCUUUGGCAGUUCCGGGUUUUGGAUCUGGAUCUGGUCCCGGAUCCCGCUCCUCAGUGUUGCCUAAUCCUCAGCAUGCUCAGCAUCAUUUUUCUCACGGCGGACCGACUCAGGCUCGAAUGAGUAACUUGUUGGUGACGGGCGGCAGGGACGGCAGUUUGGCGCUGGUGGAUAUCAGCUCUGGAAGGGUACGGGGGGUUACUUCGGGGGCCUCAGGGUGGCACACUUUCAUCAUCCCGCUUUCCCUACCCGUCAAGGUGGUUUCCUUCCUGGAGAAAGCCCAUUACACGACACGUACCGGGCUGCCGGGGCUGCUGGCGGCGGCAGCCGCCUCUGCUGGCGGCGGCGGGGGGGGCAGCGGUGCGCGACUCGUGGACCGGUCUACAGUACGUCGUACCCGGCCCGCGGGCACCUCGGGCGCGGCUGUGGGGGGGCUGUGUUGCAUGCCUGACUGCUCGGGUGUGCUCAGCUGUGGUGCGGAUGGAGUGGUGCGGUACCACCCGCUGUCGCAGCAGCUGCUUGACCUCCGUCGGGGUUGA